CCUGUCAAAAUUGUGUUGUCGUUGUCGUUAUCCGUACCUCCUAUUUAUUUCCAUUUUCCAAUAAUAUUCAGAGAAUUUCUUUAAACAAUGGUGGUUUACGGCGUUUAUAUCGUCAGUAAAUCUGGUGGCCUCAUAUUUAAUUACGACCACAACAUUCCUAAAGUAGAAACUGAAAAAACAUUUGGUUUUCCUCUAGAUAUUAAACUACAAUACGAAAACAAAAAAGUGGUCGUAGUUUUCGGGCAAAGAGAUGGCAUAAAUGUGGGCCAUGUUCUCAUAUCUGUAAAUGGAUCCCCAGUCACAGGACGCUCUUUAGAAGACGGAAGAGAUGUGUUUGACAUCAUUGAAGCAAAGGAGAACUACCCUCUAAGUCUCAAGUUUGGGCGCUCCCGAGCUACAACCAAUGAGAAGAUAGUGCUGGCCAGCAUGUUCUACCCGCUGUUUGCUCUGGCCAGCCAGCUGAGCCCGGUGCCCAAGUCGUCAGGCAUAGAGUCACUCACAGCUGACACCUUCAAGCUGUCCUGCUUCCAAACACUUACUGGUGUAAAAUUCAUAAUGCUAAGUGAUCCGAACAUGCAAGGUGCAGAAGUGGUUUUGAAGCGAAUAUAUGAACUAUACUCCGACUAUGCUCUGAAGAACCCAUUCUACUCCUUAGAAAUGCCAAUCAGAUGUGAACUGUUUGAUACAUCCCUGCAUACACUGUUGGAACUUGUAGAAAAGAGUGGCACAGCUAAUCUUUAGAAAUAGUUGUAAGUAAUUACUAAUUAGACUUAUUUAUGUUAUAUCCUGUAAAUGUUAUUUAAGACUAAGUUAUAUUUAAAUUUAUGAGAUUACUUAUAAGUAGCUAAAUACAUUUUUAUCAAACAUA